AUGCCGGCGUACCACUCGUCUUACAAUGAGGAACCAGAUAUCCGUCUCGUUGGGAAUAUGGCUCUCCUCCCAAUCAAGACCAAAAUCCGCGGUCCUGCGCCACUAGCUGAUCCAUCACAAGCCGAUGUAAUCGACGAGACACUCGACCUCUUCCGCGCCAACUCUCUCUUCCGUAAUUUCGAGAUCAAGGGCCCUGCAGAUCGCCUUCUUAUAAUUCUCAUUCUCUUCGUCUCCGACUGCCUCGCCAAAAUUGGCUCAGCGCGUACCGUUCCCAGCCAGCUCGAGGCAGGCAAGACCCUCAACACGCUCUCCGUGGACAACUUCCCCAUACCCGGCGAUGCCAAUUUUGUGCUGAACGCUCAUUAUGCGCCACCAGGGAGCAGGGCGGAUGCAGAUUAUCUACGGCAAUACUUGACGCAGGCUCGCCAAGAGCUGGCGGCGCGUCUAGUGGAGAAGUUGUACGCAGAUGGGACCGGCAAACCCAGCAAAUGGUGGAUGUCGUUCCAAAAGAGGCGAUUCAUGAGUAGAAGCACGGGUGUAUGA